AUGGAACUCAUAUAUGAAUUGAGAGGACAUAUGGAGAAACUCCAUCAAGAGAUAUUUGAAAUACGGAGAUCUAUGAAGAGUUGCAUGAACAUGCAAAUGAAAUUACAACGUUCGAUUAAGCAGGAUGUUGCUGCUGCAAUUAGCCAGUUAGGUCAAAAGAGCAGGAGGAAUUCAGAUAAUAAGGGUUCAAAUAGAGGAAAUUGUUGUCUUUGCUGUGAGGAGCCUAUUGAUUCUCUUCUUUACAGAUGUGGGCAUAUGUGCACCUGUUUCAAGUGUGCUCAUGAUUUGCUUAGGGGUACAGGAAAAUGUCCAAUAUGCCGAGAUCCAAUAAUGGAUGUUGUGCGUGCAUAUGCUCAUUCAUGA